AUGGCUUCACACGAGGACUCGAGCCAAUCUCCGGCGGGAGUUAAAAACCGCAGCGUCAGCCCGUCCGCUCAUCUUCAUCAUCCCCAACAGCAGCCUUACAACGCUCACCCCUCCGUUGGCCUAACUUUGGACCCCUCUGUCGCUGUGCCCUCUUUCCACAAUCAUCCCAGCUCCAGCUCCCCAAGCGCCGACUCCUACACCUACAGCACCGGCGGCUAUCUUUCCCCGCCUGGCGCACCGUCCUUAGCCCCGCCGGAUCAGACCUUCUCCCACGGCCUGCAGCUGCCGCAGUCCUUCGAACCGGGCUUGGUCAACCAAUUUGAUCAGUCCUCCGGCAUCUCGCUGCAACAGCACCCGCAAUCACAACAGUCGACCGAGGAGAACUUCUCCAACCUCUUGAACUCCGAUCCCGCCGGGUUCGACUUCUCCGUCUACCAGAACCACAGUCCGAACAGCACGACCGCUCCCGAGUACGACUCCUCCCUCAUGCUGGACCCCCAGAUGCACGGGCAGCCGCGACCGGUCAGCCAGGGCGUAAACCCCGCCGAUCUCGUGGGCCAGAUCUCGUCGCCCCAUCCCUCGGCGUCUCCGCAGAUGUCCCCGCAAGAGCAGCAUGCGCACCACUCCUCUCCGAGCCCCAUAUCUCCCCUGAGCUCGACGGCCGGCACCUUUUACACUCCGCAGCACUCUCGCCACACCUCCUUGGAUCCUGCGUCGGCAAACUACCUGACCGGCGGCUCGCACGCCGAUUGGCAGGCCGUCAUGGGCAAUGCGGCCUUCCAGGGCCACCGACGCGCUCCGUCCGAGGUCUCCGAGGUUUCCUCCGCCGCCCAUUCGCCGUAUAUGUCCCAGCACGAUACGUUUGACGCCGUCGAUAAUAAUCCCUCCCCGCUGUUGGCGCCGCAGAACGACCCCGGCCUCUACGAGAAUGCACUGGCCAUCGAGUCCUUUACGCUGUCCGAGCAUCAGCAGCACCAGCAGCAGCAUGCUUUCAGUCCGGCCCACAGCCCUUAUAUAUCCCCGCAGUUGAUGCCCCAGCAGGGGCCGGAGAUGAUUCCGAACAUCCCAUAUAUCUCCCCGCCGGUAGAGAAUCCGCAGUACGCCACUCCUUCGGUCAAUGACGUGUAUAACAAUGGUCCGGAUGGCCCGGUCAUGUCGCAGGGGAUGCCUUUGGGCCAGGAUAUCGGACAAGCGUCCCAGAUGGCGCCUCCGUCUAUCAACGUGGAAUUGGCACCGCCCUCGAGGAACCCCAUUUUCCCCCAGUCCAAGCCAGCAGCAGACCUGGACUCGUUGAGUCCGCCUCCUUCCAUGCGCUCUCGCGUGCGCAGUAAGUCUGACCCGUACGCCCAUCCCGCCUCCCGCUCUCGGAGCCCCGCGACCACGACGAGUAGCCUGGAGCCUUUGGCUCCUUCAUCGCCCCGAUCGCUGUCGCCCUUUGAUUCCGUGGGUCGCCAACCGCAAAGCAACCCCAGUUCGCGCGAUCCGUCUCCCUCGCGAUCUCGUCGGCUGUCCACAUCAUCCAUUGACAGCCGCAACUACAUCCUCGGCCUUGCUGAUCCGCAGCGGCCCGGGGCGAAUCCGAAUGACUCGAAGCGUGUCCAGAAGCAUCCCGCCACGUUCCAGUGUACCCUCUGCCCCAAGCGCUUCACUCGAGCCUAUAAUCUACGGUCUCACCUGCGCACCCACACAGACGAGCGGCCAUUCGUCUGCACCGUUUGCGGGAAAGCCUUUGCCCGGCAACACGAUCGUAAGCGACACGAAGGGCUGCAUUCGGGCGAGAAAAAAUUCGUCUGCCGGGGAGAGCUGUCCCGCGGCGGACAAUGGGGAUGCGGGCGCCGAUUUGCCCGGGCCGACGCGUUGGGCCGCCAUUUCCGAUCAGAAGCCGGUCGCAUUUGUAUCAAGCCGUUGCUGGAUGAAGAGUCUCACGAGCGUUCGAUGAUUGAUCAACAGCAGUCAUCGCAUGCCGGUCACUUGCAGCCAAUCCCGCCGCCUCUCAUGGUGUCGGGAAUGGAUGGUCAGCAUGCCAGCAGUUUCGUUCUUCCUGCUGCGUUGCUCGCCCAGUAUCCCGCACUCCAAACACUCCAGUGGGACCAAAUCCCGGCUUCAGCGGACGAUCCGAGUGAUAUUGGAGGUCGCAGCAGCUUUGACGCCAGCUCCGGUGGCGAAUUUGGCUUCGAAGACGACGAAUCGGCUAUGAGCAGUGUCUCUGGCAUGAGUGGGGGGUACAGCCCUCAAGAAAAUAUGUACGGUGUCAAUAACCAGAUGUUGGGAGUCAACUCUGGGGAAAAUUACGCCAACACGGAAUGGAGAGAAUGA